CAUGCGCAGACGGCGGCGGCCUUAAGGGCGGCAUUGGUUCGCGGCGUUCUAGUCGGCCUGUCAGCCGGCCUGAGGAGCGGUCUCAACGCAGCGCGCGACGGUGGCCAUGGCGGCGGAGGAGGAGUUGGACUCUCCUGACGCCGAGGAGAGGUCGGGCUGGCUAACUCGUUGGCUUCCCACGUGGUGCCCUACAUCAACAUCACACCUUAAAGAAGCUGAAGAGAAAAUUUUAAAAUGUGUCCCCUGCACAUACAAAAAAGGACCUGUUCGUAUAUCUAAUGGAAAUAAAAUAUGGACACUGAAGCUCUCUCAUGCUAUUUCAAAUAAGACUCCACUUGUCCUCCUCCAUGGUUUUGGAGGAGGUCUUGGACUCUGGGCACUGAAUUUUGGAGAUCUUUGCACCAACAGACCUGUCUAUGCUUUUGACCUGCUGGGCUUUGGACGCAGUAGUAGACCCAGAUUUGACAGUGAUGCAGAAGAAGUAGAGAAUCAGUUUGUGGAAUCCAUUGAAGAGUGGAGAUGUGCCCUGGGAUUGGAGAAAGUGAUCUUGCUUGGACACAACCUGGGUGGGUUCCUGGCUGCUGCUUACUCACUGAAGUACCCAUCAAGGGUUAGUCAUCUUAUCUUAGUGGAGCCUUGGGGUUUUCCUGAGCGACCAGACCUUGCUGAUCAAGAGAGACCAAUUCCAGUUUGGAUCAGAGCCUUGGGAGCAGCACUGACUCCCUUUAACCCUUUAGCUGGCCUCCGGAUUGCAGGACCCUUUGGUUUAAGUCUAGUACAACGUUUAAGGCCUGAUUUCAAACGGAAGUAUUCUUCAAUGUUUGAAGAUGAUACUGUGACAGAAUACAUUUACCACUGUAAUGUCCAGACUCCGAGUGGUGAGACUGCAUUCAAAAAUAUGACCAUCCCUUACGGCUGGGCAAAAAGGCCGAUGCUCCAGCGGAUUGGUAAGAUGCAUCCUGACAUUCCAAUUUCAGUGAUCUAUGGCGCCCGGUCCUGCAUAGACGGCAACUCUGGCACCAGCAUCCAGUCAUUACGACCACAGUCAUAUGUAAAGACCACAGCCAUUCUUGGGGCGGGGCAUUAUGUGUAUGCAGAUCAACCAGAGGACUUCAACCAGAAAGUGAAGGAGAUCUGUGACACUGUGGACUAAGCACACAGAAGGUGACGUGGGAACCCCCACGGCUGACACAGCUCCUCAGCAGUGAUUGGUGGUCAGCAGGGAAGAGUAAGGAACACGAGAACCAGGCAGUCUUCUUGACUGUACUUUGCAUGUUUUCUUUAUGAAGUUGCUCGCAACUUUACACCAGUUAGUGCCUUCUAGAAGGAUGACUUUCCUUUCUCCUACACAAAAUCAGAAUAUACAGGAGUCUCCAAAUCUACUAGCUUUAAUAAAAGGUUAUUUGUCCCUCUGCUAUACUGAAAAAUUUUAGUUUUUCAACUGAAAUUUUUUUAUUCCUAUCUAACUUUGCUAUGUCAGGUACUUUUUAUAUUAUAGUCUAUAUUGCCAAUUCUAAGAAGUAAUUUCUGGGUUUAUUAUUUUAUAUACUUUUAAAGGUGCACUUUAUUUUCUUUGCUUAUAUUUACCACGUCUGAUAACUGAUGCAGUUAUUCAAAAGUCAAUGUGUUUUCAUGUAAAAAUUUGUCACUUUCUUAGAACCCUUCGCUUCAUUUUUGAUUAUGGAGUGACGAGACAGGGUUUUGUUUAAAAAGCUGGGAGCUGAUCACUAGCAUUGAUUUUGCUGAUUUUCCUCUGUUCUCUAUUUAAGCCUUAAAGCCCUAUUCAGCAUUUUAAAUAUGAUCCAUCCUGACAUAACUGCAACAGCCUAAGUCCUUGGAAUCUUCUGUGUGUGGCACAUUCUACACUUUCAGGGGAACAGAACAUUCAUACUUAAGUGAUUCGAGUACUGAAAAGCCUUAACUGAAAGUCUGUUCUCUCCCCACCCUCCGCAUUAAUACUGUUUUUCUUUUCUAUGAGCCAGGAUGCAGCAGAAGGAACAGAUUUCCUCACCGAGGGAAUAUUAAGACUGUUACUUUCCAGUAAGCUAAGUCAUGUAUUUCCAUCUAACUCUGAUACAUGGGUGCUAAAACUGGAUUACAUUUUUACCACUAAAAUAUAAUCAUCAUUGGUGCUGUUAUUAUGUCUCAUGGCACCAGAAAUCAGCUAGCACUUUUUUUUUAAAGAGUUUUGCAUUGAUUAAAUAACUUACAUACUUGAAGUUAUAGUAUAAAAUUUCUAUAAGGUUGAUUGAACUGUGUGACAAGAACUACCAUCAAGUGUAGCACUUCCUUGCUGUUUUAAUACAAGGAAGACUUCUUUGAAACUGUGAAAAAGCUCCAUGUGGUAACUGGCUGCUGAGAAGACCCUCUGCACAAAAAAAUUGAAUGAGAUGGUCACCAUCAAGGCACCUGGGCCUUAUAUUUUGCUAAUGUUGCUCGUCUAGCAGAAAGGUGGUUAUGUAAAUAAAAAACAGUGAACUAGAGCAAAUAAUGACUUAAUGGUUUUGAUUGUUGGCAUUUUUUAAAUGAUUAGUUAGGAAAGUUUUAGCUGUUAGGAAGUGUAAGGUUGUAUCACUGUUGAUUAACUGUGAGAAAGGCUGAAUGUUCUGUUUUCAACAUUAUCUCCCCUACAGAAGAAUAGGCAAAUUAUACUGAAGCAAGACAGAUAGCUUCCCUCUGAGCAAUUUGUCUCACUUGUUGGAGGAACUAGGUAUCUCUACCUUGAGAACAAAAGUAGCCUUUACUUUUUAGUGUCUUAGAUGGCCAGAGUCAAACCUAUAUGUUCUGCAAAUAGUUUGAGUAAUAUUUUAGUAUUUUUAUUUGAUACAAUGUCCAGUCUCUUAAUUCUCCUUUGCUGGGUGAAUGACAAUUUUCAAUUGUGCAGGAGAGUUUCUGUGCAGGAAACUUGGUCCUGACCCUUGGAGGGAAGUUAACUGGCUUCCCUUAGUCAAUGGGGCUUCUGGCCAGAGAUAUGCCAAGUGAUUCAGUGAAAAGAUGGACCCAGAUGUCAAGUGGAACUUACUUUCCUAUCGACUGAUUUUGCUUUAUUUGAAAAGCAUUGUUAUAAUUCUCUUUGAAAGUCAAAUUUUACCUUGAGCUAUUAUAUAUGUAAUUUUGUGAAGAUGAAGUUAGCACAGAAGGUCAUAAUCCUUGAACUCUUAAAAAUACAAUGAGUCUUAAUAUUGUCUUUUUUUUAAAGAAUCUAUUACGGUAUUUGAUCUUUGCUAAAUUAUGCACGGUGUGUUUUAUUUUACAUAAUAGAUUUACUGUGAUAGUCACAAUUAGAAGGAAUAUAUUUUCUUGAGCCAUAAGUAUGGCCCUGUCUGUUUACACUAGUUAUUAUAGGACCACGGACCCAGUGAGUGGGCAUUCUAAGAGAAGGCUGCUCUGCAGUGUUAUGACCUCCAUCUGUGGCUUUACCUGUAUCCAUCCACCCCCUAGUAUGAUUUCUGUUUUCUUCUAAAACUAAUUUUUAAAAUAACAGCAACAAAAACACAAACUCUAGUUUGCCUAGAAUUUGUUUCAGAAUAUUAUUUAGAAACACUUUUGAAAUGUCUUCAUUCAUAUACAUAUAUAUUUAUAUUUAAAGGACAUAGUAGAUUCCAAUAAAACAAGGUUUUUUCCUGCAUACAGGUAUUGUGAAGAAUAAACAAUAAUAGCCAGAGAUCCCUAGUAAAGAGCCAUGGGAAGGAGGGGUAACCCUACUAGAUAUUAUAACAUAUUAUAUACAAUUUAAAGAAAGUCCAGGAAUUUAGUAUAUGAUAAAGGAAGCAUCUUUAUUUAUGAAAGAAAAGACUUUAAAAAGGGUGUUGAAACAAGUGUUGUUAACCAUAUGGAAAAUAAUAACAUUGAAUCCAUUUCUCACACUAUGCACAAGGAUAAAAUCUGAAUGGAUUAGAGACCCACUUGAAAAAACGAAACUUUCGUAGGUGAAUUCCUUUAUAAUCUGAGAGUGGGGAAAACUUUCCUGUGCCUGAAAAUCCAGAAGCAAUAGGAGUUUAUAUCUUUAACUGAAAGUAAGAGUUUUGGAUGGCCAGAAAAAGCGAAGUUAAAGAAUAAAUGAUAAACUGGCAAAAAUAUUUGCAACAUUUGUCACAAAGGGCUAAUAUAUUGAAGAAUUUCUAAACUUUGAGAAGAACCAGAAAGAAUGGGCAAAAAGCUAUGAACAGUUCACAGAAAAUAAAAUGCAGAUGGCCCUUAAACAUAAGAAUUUGCAUAAUAAAAGAAAUGCAAAUGAAAAAUACUGAGCUACCAUUUCUUACCUGUCAGAUCUGGAAAAGUCCAAGUUACACUGUGUACUCUGUUGGUGAGACAAUAGGGCAACAGGCACUCUCAGGAGUACAAAUUUCUGUGGAUGGGAUUUGUUAACAACUAGCAAAGUUAAAUAUGAGUUUAUGCCUCAACCUUACAGUCUCACUUCUAAGAAAUCUACCUAAGGUGUCCUCUUGAAAGUAUAAGAUGAUGUCUGCACAAAGAUCUUCACUACAGUACUAUUUAUAACAGCUGAAGAGUGGAAGCCACCCAGGUCUUCAUCUAGAGGGGUUUGAUGGGAGAAACUCAGGUAUGUUUCACCGCUGAAAAUAAAAAAAAA